GGACAUUCCUAUUGUCUGGCGAGUUUGGAAAUAAAAAAAAGAAUGAGCGCAGACUCCAGACAUCACUUCGGCUUGUUCGGUGACCAGAACAUACGCUUUUCGGUCACAGACGGGAUGCUGGGUCACGGUGCUGUCUAACAGCUCCGUUCUUUCUCCAUCAGGUCGAAGACUUGAACCAAGGAGGACGAGACCAUAAACGGAUUUAUGCGAACAACAAAUGCGGGAUGUCUGCGUCCCUCCCUCGGCGGAGAAACGGCGCCGUGAUAGCGUAGUUCGUGAAUAGGGAGAAAUGCGUAUGACACGCAGGAAUCUGUCGUAAACUACGUCCUGGGCUCUGUACUCCGGCGUGAAAGUAGAGAAUACUAGUCUGAGCGCUUCAGAUGAUCGUAUAGGAUCUUUUCUCCACCGCAACUGAGCUAAUGUUAGCAGCCGCGAGCGCAACACUCAGCGAGACCGGGGGAAUCCGCGUCUGACGGAGGCCAUGCUAUUAUGCCGCGCGAAAAUGCACCCAAAUAAUCGGAUGACAGCGCUCCGAUCCGUCGAAGGAAAACUUUUGGGCUCGGUUUACGCGGCGGGCUUGCGUUAAAGCAGGUCGUGUGGCUAUGGUGCUAUCACGCACGCAGCCGAACCGCAUCGACUGAAAGCCGCUCUGACUGCGUCGCUUCUCGGGUGAGGCGUACUCGAGGUCCCCACUCCCUCAGAGGAAGACCUGACUCUACAGGCCACAUAUUUGCCUAGCCUGACUGUCGUUUCAUGUAUGGAUGGACGCGUGCAUGCUUUGACAGAAUCCUGCGUGCAUCGUUGCAGUUGGCACAGCGCAUCCCAAGAAGGGGCUGUUACUCUAGCAAACACACAUUGGGUCCGUCGAAGCCUUUAAUUUGUCUCCUUGAGAACAUUACGUAAGGCUGCAGCGUACGCUACGUCUUUUCAAAGGAAAACUAUCGGGUGACAUUGCAGUCUCUCUCCUCGGAGAGAUAUAACGUACGCUCCUCUCGGUUAUUACGUCCGUUAAAGCAAGGGAAGGUGGAGCAUUGUCUGUCGUACGUGCUGACGCAGUGGGAUUUCUACGUGUGGUCUGCGUUUCGGCCCGCCCUUCCCGCGGUGACGGUGAUGGGUCGGAAGCGGUGUGUUGGUGCAGAUUGUUCGAAGAUGGCGGCAGGGUGCUGCGGGGUGAAGAAGCAGAAGUUGUCGGGAUCCCCCGGGGCUGGGGGUCCCGGCGGGGCGUGCAGCGGAAUAGCCGGGACCGGACAUUGUGGAUCGGAAUUGGGGAUCGGGUCGUCGUCGACUGUUGUGGCCGGGAACGUGAAUCGGGUGAACGGCCUGGGGGGUCCGGGGGGUAGUAGUAGUAGCAGCAGCAGCAACAACACCAAUGCUCUGUCCCCAACUCCAGGAGGCUACAACUCCACCGGCCUCUCCCCGACUCUCAGCCCCGGCUCCGGAGCCAGGAAAAUGGUCGUUUCGGCGGAGAUGUGUUGCUUUUGCUUCGACGUGCUUUAUUGCCAUCUGUACGGAUACCAGCCUCCUCGAACACCCAGGUUUACAAACGACCCCUACCCACUGUUUGUCACUUGGAAAAUCGGCCGGGACAAGCGGUUAAGGGGUUGUAUAGGUACAUUUUCUGCCAUGAACCUGCACUCAGGACUCAGGGAGUACACCCUUACCAGUGCCCUUAAAGACAGUCGCUUUCCCCCCAUGACGAGGGACGAGCUGCCGCGCCUCUUCUGCUCAGUGUCUCUGCUCACCAACUUUGAGGAUGUUGGUGAUUACCUAGACUGGGAGGUGGGUGUUCACGGCAUUAGGAUAGAAUUUUUUAAUGAAAAAGGAUCAAAGCGCACCGCCACCUACCUGCCAGAGGUUGCGAAGGAGCAAGGAUGGGACCACAUUCAGACCAUAGAUUCCUUACUUCGAAAGGGAGGUUACAAAGCUCCCAUUACAAAUGACUUCAGGAAGACUAUUAAAUUGACCAGGUACCGUAGUGAAAAGAUGACCAUGAGCUACGCAGAAUACAUCGCCCACCGCCAGCAUCAUCACUACCAGAAUGGCAUCGGGCACCCUCUCCCUCCGUACAACCAUUAUUCCUGACAGCGAGCCGCAUGACCAGUCACUGGACCUCUCGGCGGACAUCUUCCCGGGAGAGCCCGCCCCCUCGUGGUCUAGCUAUCUGUACUACUGUACCAUUUUAUGAUGAUAGUUUCCGUUGCCAUGUCGACAGUCCGUUGGAGGCAUGGCAGCGGGUGGCAAAUAAGCAUUAGGUGAUUAUAAAGCGAAAAACUACAAUUCAUUUAUUUUGACAUUUUUAUUCUUUGUAUUAAUUUUGUUUUUGCAGCAUAUAUAUAUAUAAAUAUAUAUUAACCCCUUCCCUUUUUAAGCAAAUAAACAAGUACUAAGUUUUUUUUUUUUGUUGUUGUUUCAACAAAUUUCCUAAAAUCAGGUUUCUUAGUCUGUGGAUGGAAAUAAGUCAUAUUAAAUGAUGGGCUAGUUUUGAAGAUGCUUGUUAUGUACGCUCCGCUUUAGUGACUUGCGCAAUUUUGUUGUUGUUGUUUUCCCUCUUUUAUUGUUUUGUAUUAGUUUGACAUUUAUAUCAUAUAGGCAACCACAGGGUUUAAGGGAUUCUCUUUCCUCUCUGUGCAAUUCCUCUGAUCAUUUUCUUUUGUGAGUGGUGAUUUUGUUUUCCUUCCUCGUUUUAUCGUGAGCAGUGUUGUGGGUUGUAGGGAUAUGCAGUGUGGCCGAGUUAGAACUAGUCAAGUCUUGCUUUUGUUUUCCUCAAAUUCUCCGAUUAUUGAAACCACUAUCUUAAAUCAGUUUUUGGGUACCGCAGAAUAUUUUCCCCAUAAUGCAAAAGGCUGUUGCUCUUAGCAUUACUGGAGUUGAUUUGAACUGAAUUUAUUUAGAUGAACAGUUAGGCCAUUUUUUGUGUAGUGUUGCUACACACAUUUUAAUCCAAGUGUCUCUUCUUUUGUUGAUGUGUUGUGCUAGUGUCGUUUGUGAGGUUGAAAGUAUAGCUCUGUACUAAGGGUGUAAUUGAAUGAAGGCUUUUCUAGUCAGUUUUUGCUCACAACAGAAAUGCGUCUGUUUCGUAACGCUCCUAUUUAGUCACACAGAGAGGAAAACCUUUGUGAGAGACCAAGGUCAAAUGACAGAGACAAGCUAAAAAAAAAAGCCAUACUCUUUUUAACGCAUGCUGUGGCAGGGUGGUUGCUCUAAAUGGCUGUUUUUAAUUCAUUUCUCUCCUGGUCUGUUUACCUGGCACGGGAAUCUUCACUCUCAGGAGGAUGCUUAAGAAAGCUCUUUGUUUUGUUUUGAAUGAUCUGGUCUUACGGAUGAAUAUGUCCAUUUCUGUCUCGCAUGGCAGCAAUGUUUACACCUCCAUACGAACGCGUGAACUGUACAGUGGCUGUAAUUGAGAAGAUAACUUACGGAUUCUCGAGUCAAGCUGCUCUGGUGGCGUCUGAACCCCUCCACAUCUCGCAGUGAAGCUUGUUUCAAAAAUGUCGUCAUGCCACACCAGGGAGUUUUUAAACUACGGUUGUAAGUGUUUUCAUAGUUUUCUCACAGACAAUUUGUUAGGCCCAUUUUAAACUCUUGCUCUGAAAGGUGUCAGUGUUGUUGUUUUUUUCAAAGACCAGGAUGUAGACUGAAUAUCACGUGUCAUAUUGUCUGUAGAAGCAGUGGACUCGCUUUUGACCACUUCUGAAAGGAAAAUCGGGAACGAUUUCUGUCUUUUGUUUUCAUAUGCAAAAUGUUAAGGGCUUUUGGGGUUCCAUCCACAGUCAUUACCCAGCUCACUAAAACCUAAAAAAAUAACCUGAUUUCAGUUGUUUUGCCUUAAAAUGGCUAUGACGUAGACCAGCAAACAUCGCCCUGAGUGCUCAACUACCUUGAGACUGAUCAUUUCACAAUGUGAAGGUUUUGCGUGAAGUUUUUUAUUUUUUGCCUGUUACCCAGUCAAGUGUUUAUUACUGCCCAGCCGUGUUUUUCAUUUGUUUAAUCUAAACCCCACCUUACCAGGAAGUAGGUCACAGUUAUGAAAAGUGACACUUUUGUUGUCUCUUGGUCUUAAACAACCCUUUAAAUAUCUCUUUUUGUUGGCCUCCGUGUUUAGCCUGGUUUUAGCUGGACGUUCAGGGCGUUGUUUGUUGGUACAUUAAAACAGCACAAACUGAAAUUUUUUUCUGCUGCAAAACCAACUCUCUGCAUUUGAAAUCGGAUGUAUUGACAUUUGCAAUACAUUUUUUGCAUGAAUAGGUGGCCUCCUGUUAAACAUGGCAUGCUUGUUUCACUGCUACAUAGAUAUGAGAGAAAAAAAAAAAAGAGUAUAUAAAAUGGUGCUAUCGGACCUCAUGUCGGGGGGGUGGUCGCAGUAAAUGUGACUGGUCAUGCGGACUCAUUGAUCAUAUCAGACUUUAUUAUUAUCCUCAAUAUAUGCAGAUCUGUUUUACAGGUGUUUUUUUCCUACCAGUGUAUCAAACUCCUCCUGCAGGUUUGAAAGGACAAGUAGUGACGAGUCUAACCCCAUCUUUCCCUCAUGGCCUGGGGGAUUCGGGCAUAUGCUUAACAUCUCAUCUGUUCUAGACGUGCACAUUUACGCAAUACCCUGGAGUCUCGCUCUUCGUUUCCGUCGUUAAAUGCUGUGGAUGUUCGCGUUCAUGUACAUUGCCAUUUUGAGCGAUGGCUGGCUUGACUAGCUGAACGCCGUCGCCUAAAUAUGGCCAAAACUGCAGUGCUGAGUUUACUUUGCUAACAACAUUUGUUCAAAUAUCAUCGGUUCAUUCGAUUGCGAGCGACACGGUGUGCUGAAAGACACGUCGGUUCCUUCGUUUGUUUGUUUUUUUGGUUCUGUCAGAUACGUCUGUACAUUUUACGUUUUGCAAAAUCGGUUUUUUUGAAAAGACUGCAACCGGAUCUAAGUAUUUUCAUGAUUCCUAGAGUAGUUUGAACAUGCACUUUGAGGACAUUCGCAAUCCCAGGCACAUUUGAACACUGUUGAAACUCUCAGUACCUGACCUGCAUUUACGUUGCUCAAAGACAAGUUCAAAAACCAAUUUCACGCUAUGUCGUCUUUGAGUUUCUGUCAUUUCUAACAACACAACUGGGAUUAGUGUUUGGUAUGUAUAGCAAAUGCUCAUUUAGGCAUAAAUGUUGGGUUGGAACACCUACGGACGAGCUUCGCGCUCGCUGUCGAACCCAUCGUCGUUUGGCUCAUGUUACCUUUGUGUGUUCAACCGAACCAAAGAUGCCUCCAGCCAUGUCCAAAUGCUGCUCUACAGACCUGCCUUCCUGUCCUUCCAAAAACCUUCCCUGCAAGAGAAAUGUCUUGUGUUUCUGUGUGUGUGUUUUUUUUCUUUUCUUUUGUACAAUUUCUAAUGUUGUUUUAGGAUUUUAGCUACCUAAGUUCAAUGAAUUUUCAUUGUAGCUGUCUUUGAGACCUUGCGCGGUGUCAAUGACCGUAAUACUAGGUUGCACUUUUUUUUUUUAUUUUGUUUUCAUCAUUGUUGUUAUUAUUAUUAUAUUUUUGUAAAGAAAGAAAACCCCAUAGCGUGCCUCUUAGAUUUAUGGGUUUCUUAAUGUUUUUUUCCUAAGACCAGCAGUUAUACUUUAUACAAAAGAUGAGUUAAUCCUUAUUUUUAAAUGCCAUUUAAAGAAAAAAAAAUGCCUCUUUUCUUUACUCUGGACCCAGUAGCUGCACUGGCAUACAAUCGCACUGAUAGAUAUGGGGGG